GGAAAAUGAAAAUGGUGCCAUAAUCUUCUCUGCUUCAUUUUCCUCCCGGAAAAUCCUUCAUUUUUCCUUCUAAUUGGCACCCUUUUCUACCCUUUAAAGCAACAUAUAUUAGUCUCUGCCAGAGCUGCUUCUACCAUGUUCACCACUACAAAAUAGAAGAUAAGCGGAGAACAAGAAAGAUGCGGUUAACAUGGACGAGGAUGUGACCCAGAUACAAUUUGAAAUUACGGGACGAGAAAUAUGGGAGGACACGCAGGGCGGUGUUGACAUAUUUGUUGCUGAAAUCAGAACUAGUGGUACACUUGUACUGUUACAGGAACUAGGCAUUACUUUAAAAUGAUGAACAACAAAAUUCAGGUGCAAUUGUCAUAGGAUGCAUCUACUCUUUGACAGGUAAUGCUUGCUGUUCCAGAGAUUCUAUUUCAGCAUGUUUGUGCAUAAGAGGUUUCUCUAGAUGAGUGGGUUCCCUCAUUCUUUGACCUUAUUUUCCAAAUCCAAAUGCUUUGGUACAUUUGCAGCGCAUAUUAUGUCACUGC